AUGUCUCAGCCUCCUACCAACGUCGCCCCCGCCUCCCUGCAGUCGAGCCCCGAAGGGCCGGAGAACGCCUCUGGUGCCCAAGGAGGACCCCUGAACAACAACAGAGCUCCCUCGCCCACCUACGCCCAGAUGGCGGCGAGGCCUCCGUCCCCUAGGCCGGGAAGCAACUCACGCGGAGCAGCCGCCCCGGGUGGAACGACGCCCGCCACACCCCCGCCGACCCCACAGUCAAUUGCGUCCCCGGACGUGGCCCCGUUCACGCAGAGGACCGUCGAGCCCGAACCCGAGGACGACAAUGACCAAGGAUGGGCAACCGUCCAGCCGUCGAAGAAGGCAAAGAAGAAUAAGACCAAGAAGGGCAAAGGGAAGGCUAAGGAAGCCGGCCCAAGGCCGACCCCGGCCGUGAUUGCUGCCAGCUCCCCUGUGCCGCCCUCGCCCCCGAAACUCGAACCAAGGAAGCGCCGCCGCGUCGCCUCAGAGGACGGUGGGGACGACCUGUCAUCGGACAAACACCAGAGUGCACCGCCGCCGACCGCCUUCCCGUCGAACUCGCUCCCAAUCUUCGGCCAAAGCUCACCCUCCCCUUCCUACUUUGCCACAACGAUGAACUUCGACGACAACGAACCCACGGACAAUGGGAGCGACAUGGACAUCGACACCACCGUCGACCUCCGCGCUGAUCAGUUCGGCCAGCCCGCUUUCCUCCGAAGUGACUCUCGCGCGGGCCCUACCCAAUCAUACGACCUCUCACAGCCCGUCGCGCCGACGACCCCUAGACCUAGCUCGUCGUCUGCGAGGAGAUCUGGCCGCAGGAGCGCGAACGAGAACUCAGGCAUAUACGCGGACCACCCGUUCCCGUUGCGACAAGACCCAGCCUCAUCGCGUGACCCACGUACUCCCACCCAGUCGCGCGGCCUGCGCGCUAGGACUGCAACGCCGGCGGCCCCGUCGAGACCUUCGACAAGGACGAGCCACAAGCGACGCGAGGAACGAUCCCCUACGCCUCAGACCCCUCGCAAUAUCCACGAGACGAGCGAUGACGAAAGGACGCCCCGCAGCACUGCACCCCGUAGCACUGCGCCCCGUAGCACCGCACCCCGCGAGUCGUCCUCUGAAGGUCGCAGCCCGACACCUCCUCGCCACAAAUGCGGCCGAGGACGCUACUCUGUAGCACGCGCUACGAGGCGUCGUGACCAGCCAGAACCUGCCCGAACCCCAUCCCCGGACCCCUACAACAUCAUAAUGCAGGACCCCGACAUCGUCGUAGCCCCCGCGGGUACCUACAGGCGCGUACAGGGUGACCACAUCGACUGGAAGAAGAAGAACAUGGACCCAGGGCAGGUUAAGGCCUGGGAGGAGCUUGUCCGCAAGAGACCAACGGUAGCUGUACAAGUUGGAGAGCUAGGUACGGAGGGGCCCGGUAUCGGCGAGCGUGUCGACGAGAUUGGCUCCAUCCUCUUCCGCCUCUCUCAAAUCCCGGACGUACUCGUCAUCCCUGCGCACGGACCCAAGCCGGCACAGCCUCUACAGACGCUACGUAGCGCGAGCACUCCUAAGCCCGCGAACAAGGACCCCGUCUGGUACUUGAUCGACGGCCUGACCGACAAAUGGUGCGCCGCUCUCAUCCGUGCUGCGUGGCUCAGCACGACGAAGAUCUCCCUUAACUUCGAGGCCUGGACCCACGAGAUCCCCCGUCUAUGCGCUGCGUUCCGCCUCACCUUCCGCUUCCGCGCUAAAUCCAAGGAAGACUACGACGCGAUUGUCCGCCGCGAGCUCCUUGAUUCGGACAUCCAGAAGGUGAUAAUUGACGUUCUCCUUAGGGACAUCGCGAAGGGCGGGCGCUGGAAACGUUAUACGAGGGACGAUGCCUUCGGCGAGAUUCUAGACUCCGUCGACGUCGACGUCGUCACUUGCAGCAUUACCGCGCACCUCUCCGAGCCGGUCGCGUUCAUCCACAUCACCCCCCCCACGGCCGAUUGGCAGGACUGGCUACUGUUCUGCAAAGCGAUCAGUCAGCACGGCUUUGGCUCUACUGCGUACGGCCAUCCUGUCCCAUUCACUGGACGCACCUACUGCGGCUACUGCCACUCCCUGGGACAUACGUCUGGCCAUUGCUCUGUGCGUUAUGUACCUGGCUGGCACCAACCGCCGCCGCACCUUCUCCUCCAACAGCAGGCGAACAACGCCCGAGGCGCUCCUCGUGGUGGGAGGGGACGUGGCGGCGGGCGUGGGCGUGGAACUAGUGGCCGUGGCUUCUAA